AUGACACUGUGUAAUCUGAGGCCGCUGGCCUCAAAUGCCACGGAUAUGUUAGAACGCUUACAGCUGAAAAAUCCGCGUCAGUUUGCAAGUGAUGUGAAUAAAUUUGCCGCGAGAGCAUAUUAUUAUAACAAUGAUUUUCAAUCGUAUCAACUGGUGAGCAGUGCUAUUUCCAUGGGUGGCUAUCUGGAAAGUCUUCCACCAGAUGUCAGUCAAGGUCUUGGACACAACCGAUCGGAUACAGUCAUUCAUUGCAUGGUACGUUCAACCAUAUAUAAUUAUGUGUAUAAUAUAUCUGAGGAUCUGUUCACUUGA